GUUGCUCUCUGCACUUCCCUCGUCACUACCAAGAGACGUAGAAGAAACGGUUUCUUCCUCAGUUAACUCUUCAGUGGUACUUUCGUCCGAAGCCAAAGAUUCCGAGUCGCCUGCGCUAUUUCGAUUACCAAACAAGCUCAACAAUCCCAUUCUAGGCCGAGGAGGGAUAAUUUCGAAUCCGUCCCACCAAAAAGUUUCCUUGCAAACGAAUUUUUCAGAAUUUACGUUGGAGUCUGAAAAUUGUUAUUUUUUUAACGAGUGCGCAAAGUGAUACUUUCCCGCACGUUGGUUAGCUAAAAGCGGGAAAGACGCUUUGCGCACAAUAUUUUUUCUGCUAGCAUAAACAAAGUAGAAACGAAACCCUUUAAAAGUGCAUAAACAAUAUACAAAUGAAAAAAAAGCUAUUUUGCGCACGCAAAGUAUGUACUAUGACGUCAGUUUAACCAGAUUUUGGGUUGCCAUGUUGGUUGAUAGCUGAAAUACGCCUUAUCGGUUGCGGCUAACUUCACACAAAUGUCAAACAACUGUUCAUUGAUUAUAUUACAAUAAUAUUUUGAUUUUUUUAAAAAUAAAUACUUAUUGAAUUUGUAUUAAUUUAUUUCAAAUUAGAAAGAUCUAAGUAUUAUCUAUAGAUAUAAUAAAGUGUAUUCUGUAGAAUUAUGGGGCCUCCGCCCAUUGUGACAGGUCUGUCUCCAAACGAGGGCCCACCCGGGACUCGAAUCAAGAUAAGAGGAGAAAAUUUGGGAAAAUCUCCUCAGGAUUUAGUGGGGCUCACGAUUUGCGGUGUGGAUUCUUUAUUGACAGCGGAAUGGAAAUCGGAAAAUAAAAUUAUCGCUAUAUCGGGACCCAUUAAAGGAAAAGGUGAUAUAAUUGUUACCACUAGAUCCGGAGGGGUAGGAUCUUGUAAUGUAACGUUUAAAGGAUAUCACAUUGCCACCAUUGGGCCUAUGAAAGAAAGUGCUGUAUGGGUGGAAGAAACUGAAUUGUUUACAUGGGGAAGGCACUCCUUAUCCCCAAGUAGCUAUCAACAAGAAGAUCCUUUAGGGCUAUCGGUUGAGGACGCUGAGAAAAAAAUUCCAGAAGAUGACUUGUUGCAAUUUUACCCUACCAGAAAUGGAGACAUAACCAGCAACGAUUUUUCAGCUGGAUGGUUCCUUUUGGAAAAUCAUCAAACUACUAGCUUUAAUGAUUUACAUGCUGGUCUUGUCCACUUACGUCGCAAAGUCCAAGGCCAAAAAGAAGGUCAAUUAUCCUUCCUCAAAGCGAACAUAGGAGCUGUCAUGGAUCAAAUUGAUACUUUAGUGAAUCUAAAAGACCGCUACGAAGCUGAUUUGCCAAAGUUGGGCCACGAACCGACUUUAAAACUGGAAAAGGCUAUUAAAGAAUCUGAGCACGAAGCUAGAAAGUUAUUUGAUGAAGUCUUGAAUAGGAAAGAUCGAGCAGAGAAAACUAGGAAUGCUUUAAAUGUGCUAACAAGAUUUCGUUUCCUCUUUUGUCUGCCUUGCGUCAUUGAUAGGAACAUUAAAAAAGGAGACUACGACAUUGUAAUCAACGAUUAUAUUAGAGUAAAAAAUUUAUUUCACAAAACUGACAUUCCAAUUUUUAAAGCAGCUUUAAAUGAAAUAGAAAAACGCAUAACAGAUUUGCAAACAAAAUUACAUCAAGACCUACAAAAUAUGCCCAUUACCGUUGAACAACAAAAGAGACUUAUAAGGUAUCUUGUAAACUUGGAGUCUCCCUUUGAUGCUGCUUGGGAUGCAAUUAAAGCCCGUUCAGAAUACAUAAGCAAAAAAUUCGGCCUCAUCCACAACUACCAUAAAUCUUUAGAAAAACCAGACUCGAAAUCAAAAAGCGGAAGCGCUUCCAAAUACUCCAAAUACAACAAAUCGCCAAACACAGAAAUCACCAUAAUUCCAGCUUGUGUAAACUUUACUGAUGAAAUUUGCCUGAGCAUUACAGAAACGUUUCCAGAUUUAUGGAAAAUUGGCCAGUCAUAUUUUUCAGGUGAAUUGCAAGUUAAAAUUGAAGCUGGUAGACAAACUGAAUACAAACAUAUGGUUAUGAACGUGAUUGAAACUUAUUGCAAAUAUGUCAGAGGAAGUCUUAUACCAAACACUUUGGAUAAAACCGAAAGAGCUCAAUACGGAACUCUUACUUUACCAGAACGCGAUGAAAUGGCCCUUUAUUUGCCAGAACUUUUACAUUCAGUUAGAUCAGCGUAUUCUACCUUCAUAAAAUUAGAUUUGCCCAGUGAAGCCUUGGACCUUGUCAAUUUAGUAUUGUUGGACUUAAGAAUCCAUUGCAUGAGCAUUAUGUUCCAACAAACCACUGAACAAAUAAAGCAAUUAACAGAAAAUUGGAAAAUUAACUAUACAGGAAAAUUCACUGGAGUCACAGAGUUGCCAUUGAAGUUUUUAAAUUUGAUUGAAGAUAUGAUGAAAGCUGUUAAAGAAUCUGUUCUGUCUAUUGAGCAAAGGGAAAUCAGUUUAUUGGAAAAUCAAAUGGCUCAAAAAGAGAUGGAGAAGCAAAUGAACAAUAUGUUGAUAGCGUUUCAUAAUGUCUUAAAUAAUCUUUCUUCAAGUGAAGAUUAUGACGAAUGUGAAAAUGGAACCCCAGUGGUGUCCCAAUUAAUUGGCACGCCAGUAAGCUCACACAAAACAAGCAGUAAAAGUAACAUUCCCAUAUGGGAACACAGACUUUUGAUCAUUUUGUCAAAUUGCUUAUUUACUAAAAUCACUGUUUUGGAUAUGUUGGUAACUAAAUUCAAAGAAAAUGGGUUCCCGCCAUUGCAAACUUCUCUUUCUUCAGCCAAAAUUAAGUUGGAACAACUAGAAAAAUCCAUUUUGGAUAAAUAUUUAGAGCAAAAAAGCGAUCCAUUGGUUGGAACAAUUGAACCUUCUAUGUACUUGGGGCGAUUCGAUUGGCACUUGUCAAUUCCUCCAAAUGACAUUCGGCCUUAUGUAAAAGAAUGCAUCAACAACUUAAUAAACGUCCAUUCAGAAAUCAUUCACAUUUCUCCUACCCUUCUAAAUGCAGUUUUGCCUCAAGUAGUUGAAACCGUAGCAGAAGAACUUUACAGAUUAAUGUCGUGCGCUCAAAGAUUUUCUAGAGAAGGAGCUGUACAAGCUAGAGCAGAUAUCAUUGCACUUCAAGAGUUUUUAGAAGGUUAUAGUACUGAAAAGGCACAACAUUAUUUCAAGGAAGCGAUUGAAGUAGUACCGCCACUAGAUAGGACAGAUGAAAUAAUUGUAGAAGAUAUUUUGAGGCAAUGUAGAGCUAGGAUGAAGAUACAAGUUAUGUGUUUGAGGAAGGCUUAAGUAGAAAGUUGGCUGAGGAAUUUUGGUGCUACAAUCUUAUUCUUAAAUUGUUAUUAUUGAAUUGUAUACUAAUGAUAAAGUUGCUAGAUAAUAAAUUAAAUUGAAUUAAUAAAUUAUAAAAUCUUUCAAAGUUAUUUGAAUAUUUAUUUGGAAAUUAUAGGCACAAGUGAAGUGAAUCAUCAUCAGUAGUUACAUCCAUACUUGAAUAAUAUGCUUGUCCUGUCUGGUCCCUAAAUUACCGAUUGUAUGUGAAUAUGCUAGAAAGGGUUCAGAUAGGUUUUCUUAAACAUAUAGGCUAUAGGUUAAGAAUCCCUGUUGAAAAUAUUAAUUUCGAUGAAUUAUCUGUGUUAUUACACCUUCCUACAUUAGAAAUCCGCAAGAAAAAUCUUGGCAUAUGCUUUUUGUAUAAAAUUGUAAAUAAUUUAAUUGAUUGUCCUCUUUUGUUAGAUUAUAUAAAUAUUCAUGUACCUGCAAUAAAUACACAACAGAAUGAAAUAUUCAAUAUAUUAUAUCACAGGAUAAAUUAUGGCUAUUUUAGUCCUAUAUCAAGAAUAGAAAAUACAACAGGGCGUUUAGUAGCAGAUGUAAUUUUAGGUAGUAAAUUUAUUGUUCAAUUAUCGGGAAAUUUAAGAUAUUAUUUAAUUAUUGUUCAGAAAUUUAUAUUGUUCUUAAUGAUACUGGCUGGUCCAUUAAUAAAGAAUUUAUUUAUCAUUGGGUGAAAAGGGGCAGAAGAUACUGGUUCUUGUGAUAUGAGCAGUAGGUACCUCAGAAAAAAAACAUAUUCAGCAAAAAAUCCUAAUUAAUCUGCUAAAUUUGCUGGAAACAAGAUUAAGAACAAAGAUCUACGAUUCAGAAAACCAACGCCUUACAGAAUCCUCCAGAAAUUUCUUAAGUAGAGUGUGUCAUCAGAAAACUCAGUCAGUCAGCAUGGUAAAUAUGUUAGGUAAUCAUUUUCAGAUGCCAAUGACUAAUCUUCCACUACAUAAAUAUUAAAAAAUAUACGUAUGAAUAAUCACUUUUAUUGUGUAAUUCUAGGUACAUUGAAUAGUGACAAAAAUACACAUCUAUAUAAAUUAUAAAUCUAAAUAUAAUUUUAUGUUUCCAAAAUUCAAUUUUACAUAAAAACUGUACAAACUCCUUAUUAAGUAAUUUGUAACAAAAAAAUUAUCAUGAUUUUCUCAUAGUCAACAUAGUGUUAAUUUCCCAAACGAUUCUUCUCAAAUGAUCAAUUACUUCUUUAAGUUGUUUGUUCUUCAAAAUUACUUGUUCCAUUACUUCUUUGCUUUCUUCGCAAGCUAAUCUAUACGCUUCAGAAUUCUUUUUUUCUUCGUGCUUUGGAUCUAACUCAUCUUUAAAAGGUAUAAGACUUUCAAUAUGAGUAUAUUCCAUCCCUUGAAUCUGGCAGUUUUCAUUACAUUUUUCAUAUAUUAACCUCAGUCUUUUAAAAAGUACUCUGAUAGUUCUUAGUAGUUCUUGCACUUUGGCCUUUUUCUCAUUACUGGCAUUAGCCGACUGAGCCGUACCAGCAGGAGGCUGUAUGGCUUUCAAAGUCUGAAAAACUUCCUGAGUACGACUAACAAUAUCUUGAACAGUUUCCUGGCCUAAACGACACAAAGAAGCAGUGUUAAAUUCCUUGGAUUGCUGCUGUUGCUGGGGAGUAUGGCUUUGAGGCGGAGUCGGAGUUACUCCGGGUGUUUGAGAACCAGGGUGCAUUUGAUGAUUGAGGUUUGGAUUGAACUCGUUCAUUGGCGUAUUGAUAGGACUCAUUGCUCCACCCAUUGGGUUAGCCAUUUGGCUGAUCAUAGGAUUGCCUAAUUGAGGAAUUUGCCCGCCCAUUUGAUUGGGCAUUGAUGUUUGCAUAGGUCCAGCACCUAAGCCUGUUUGCAUGGGACCACCCAUUUGCGAAUUGAUGGGGCUAAUAGCGCCACUUAAGGGGUUGUUUAGUUGGGACAUCAUUGGAUUUCCUAGCUGAGACAUUUGACCGCCUAUUUGAUUGGGCAUUCCAGAUUGCAUACCAGGACCAUCCAUGGGGCUUUGCAUCGCAUUUGGGCCAAAGGAGGUUCUUAGGCCGCUCUGAUUUGGAUUGUUCAUGUUUUGCAUGAAAUGGUGCGAUGGAGCACUCAUUUUUUAGUUGGUGUCGGCACUUACUAAGUAUUAAUAUAGGAAAAGUUGUUACAAAUACCGAAAAUAUCCAGGAAAAACCAAGAGGCGAAAUUCAAGACAUGAAAAUUUAAGCACAAACAAACCUAAAAACUAAACAUUUU